AAAAAUCGUGGUGUUUUUCUUUCAGUUGAUAGUGAGAGGCAGCAAAGACAGAGAGAGAACCCUGAGCUCUCAACACCAGACACUGCACUGAAAGUCCUCACAGCUGGCUCGAAGGAACCUGGAACUUGUAGAUCAAAUGGGAAAGUUCCGUCAGUAAUUUUAAUAAUUUUAAGAAAUCAGAAUGCCACUUAAUAAUGAAUUUGUACACAGCACCACAAUUUAAAUUUAAUUCGUUUUCAUUUUUUUUUCUAAGGCUCUCCAGAGACAACAUGGACAUUAUUAUUUUACAAGCUGCUAUCAAAGGGACAUAGACUUGCGGGACAAGCUCAUUUUAUUUUAAACUAUUUUGUAAUUGUUUUAGAUGGUCAAACACUCUGUAUUUGCAGUUCACCACUUUCGUGUUCUGGGGAUGCUGCACAUUCUUCUUUCAGUAUGAUCGUGAGCCACUAUGAUGUAAAUGACCUAAACAUGCUCCCUGCAUCUCUUAAUCCUGUCGAACUCUGCCUUUGAGACACGCCCCCCCCCCCCCCCCCCCACCUUCUGCGAUUUACAAGAUGUUUGUCAUCAAGCCCAGGAAUAACCGAAAAUUCGCUCUUUUCUGCAUCAUCUCCCUGACAAUGCUGUUUCUCAGCUACACCUAUCACAACCCUUCGAUGUACCUCUUAAAACUUGCCUUCAGACAGCCCAGCGGCGAUUUCUCCAAGGGGCCGUGUGCCUGUGCGACGUGUAUAACUGAGAUGGAUGACGACUGGUUUAGUGAGCACUUUAACCAGUCCAUACAACCCCUGCUGUCAAGGAAGAAUAGCCUGCUUUCAGAGGACACCUACAACUGGUGGCAGUGGCUGCAGAGAGAGAAGGAUCCAGCCAACUACAGUGAUGUGGUGCAGAGGCUUUUUGAGGUCAUUCCCGAUGAGGAGUGGUAUGUCGACUCAGGACCCGGUCGCUGCAGGACCUGCGCAGUGGUAGGGAAUUCUGGGAACCUCAAGGGAUCGAGUUACGGAGCGCGCAUCGACUCACAUGAUUUUGUUAUAAGAAUGAAUCACGCUCCUACACUGGGCUACGAAGACGAUGUCGGGAGCAAAACCACUCAUCACCUCAUGUACCCCGAAAGUGCCAAACAUUUGCAGAACAGUACAAGCUUGGUGCUGGUCCCCUUUAAGACCCUGGACCUGGAAUGGGUCAUCAGUGCAUUAACCACGGGUACCAUCACCCAGACUUACAUACCUGUCAAAUCCAGGAUAAAAGUUAACAAGGAUAAGGUGUUGGUGUACAACCCCACCUUCUUCAAAUAUAUCUAUGACAACUGGCUGGAGAAUCAUGGAAGGUACCCCUCCACAGGCUUCCUUGCCUUAAUGUUUGCCAUUCACAUUUGUGAUGAGGUGAGUGUCUAUGGAUUCGGAGCGGACAUGAACGGAAACUGGCACCACUACUGGGAAAACAACCCUGGUGCUGGAGCUUUUCGCCACACCGGGGUGCAUGAUGGGGAUUACGAAUACAACAUUACGAUGCUGCUGGCUGACAAAGACAAAAUAAAAGUGUUUAAAGGAAGAUGAUGCCUUAACCAUUUCAAAAUGUUUAUCUAAACAACACGGAUCUACUGAGUGUGCUUUCAACAUGGGAAGUGUUGAAUGACGAUGGACUGAAGGCAGUUCUACUCUUCUGACCUAACUUUGCUCACAUUCUAAGUUUAUAAUGCUUUUUUAUUGGGAAUGGACAGCAACGCUGCCUUAUGUCAUAUGGCCCAUGAGCAGAAGUGGAGUCGAGCCCAAUUUGAGAUAAUCUAAAUGAGUGGUUUGAGAUUUAAAGGAGAUUUAGUUGCUUAUUGCGGCUAACGGCGUUAUGUAGCGCUGCAUUUAUCAUCAGUAAGGUUGCAGCACCACCCCGUGGCCAGUAGAAAAAGCUCAUCAGUGUUAUGAUGGGUUACAUUUUCAAAAUUAUAUCAGUGUGAUUUUCUCCUAAUGGUUUAUAUUAAGUAACUUUUAAAAAUUAGUUUUGAUUAUUUAAAAAAUAUAUUAACAAAUAAAGAAUGUUUUAUGUACACACACACACAGUUUAUUCUUUUUUUUUUUUACUUUCUCAUUACGCAAACUUUAUAAUUCUGAUAUCACACUGCAUGAUGAACGGGUAAUCCCAGUAUUCCAUCAAUGUGGAAAGGCUCAUCAACACAACUCUCAUUUCGGUUUAAGAAGGGUAAAUGGCUGCACACAGCUCAACCCAGUGCUGCUUACUUAGUUCCACCCACAGGUUGAAAGGGCCCAUCUGACAGUAGAUUACCUAGUAGAGCUGUUGAGAAAAAGAAAAAUCCUGCCUACUUACACACCCAGUUUAUUUUAAAUCAUUUUUAUUCCUCCAACCUGCUCAACACAGACAUCCAAUGCAGUGUGGUCUAGACGGAAAUCAUAUCCCCCUACUGUGUGAUUACCUUGAUUUUACCUACCUGUGCCACUGGAGAAACACCAAUGAUAUCCAAAACAAUGCCACACGAACCGUUUUCUGUAUUCUCUGACCCAGUAUGUGGUUCUCUGUUCAAAAAAAGUGCUCAGCGCACACCAAGAGCAUCAUCUAGUUGGGUUAGAAAUACAGCAAAUGGUUCAUGAAGAGUAGUUUUGGCCAACACCACGAAACACUGUGACUGCUUACAUACUAUUACAUACUGUAACAGCCUGAUAAGACAUUUAACAAAGGGUUUGCAGAGGAAUCAAUCAGAAAUGUUUUUUUCACCACCAAAUUCGAAAGCACACUACCACUGCCUAUGAACUUCAUCUGCACUUUAAAAACAAUGCAAAUGUACAACCAAUGGCUUUUGUAUGACUUUUACUAAAGGUAGAUAUAGCGCGUCCGUGUACCUAUAACUUUCGGGACUUAACAAAUGGGGUAUUGUCCAAAUCAAAUUGACAUUAAUAUUGCAUGAUUUGCUUGGAAAGAGAUGAAUGGGAAUUUUUGUAAUUUGAAGGGUAAUUAGUUUUUAUUUGUAUUUAAUGUUAUGGGACAUUGGGAUGUACCUUAUAUGAAGUGCCUUGCAGUUUUGAUAGAUAGUUCAAAUGAUGUAAUAGUUGUACUUGUCUGUGUGAAGAAGGAACCAGAUUCAUGUGCCUUUUUAAACUUAAUUUUUCAGUUUUUAUAGGCUUUGGUUUCAUUGAUCGGUUAUGCGAGGGGUUAAAUAUUCACAUCCAACUUCAGUUUCAUUUCUUUUGGAUGGUUCAAACGUGGGGAUACUAUUAUGAAUAUUUUGCAAACAAAUAGGAAACAUUUAAUACAUGCUGGGGUUGGUGCAAUACUACACAAAGGGUGUAAAUUUUUAUUGGUUUGAAUGUAAACUGCUCCCACUUGUGUGGAAGUAAUGUAAACAUUUUUAAUGAAUUCCCAGUGUACAGAAAAGACUCAUUCAGAAGUGAUGUCUAAUAUACACCAAUCAGCCAUUAAAACCACCUGCCUAACGUUGUGUACGUCCCCCUCGUGCCGCCAAAUCAGCUCUGACCCGUCGAGGCAGGGGCUCCGCAAGACCUCUUAAGCUGUCUUUUGGUAUCUGGUACAAAGAUGUUAGCUGCAGAUUCUUUAAGUCCUGUGAUUUGCAAGGUGGGGCCUCCAUGGAUCAGACUGAUUUGUCCAGUACAUCCCACAGAUGUUUCACUGGAUUGAGAUCUGUGGAAUUUGGAGGCCAAGUCAACGCCUAGAACUCUUUUCAUGUUCCCCAACCCAUUCCUGAACAAUUUUUGCAGUGGGGCACACCGUCCUGCUGAAAGAGGCCACUGUAAUUGGGGAAUACCACUACCAUGAAAGGCUGCACUUGGUCUGCAGUAAUGUUUAGGUAUGUGGUACAUGUCAAAGUAACAUCCCCAUGAAAUGCCAGGGCCCAAGCCAUCCUAGCAGAAUAUUGCCAAAAUUAUCACACUGCUACCGGCAGCUUGUCUUAUACCCAAAUCAUCACACGCACACUUACGUUUUUCCUUCUGCCAACUUCAAGAACUGACUGUUCACUGACCUGAUAUAUAUUGGCACCCGUGACAGGUGUCAUUGUAAUGAGAUAACCGAUGUUCGUCUGUCAGUGGUUUUAAUGUUACGGCUGAUCGGUGUAUAUUUCCCAUGGUUUGCGAUUUAGUGAAUGCAACGUGACAUGAAAUGUUCAGUUCUAAGAAAUCCUACAUUGCGUAAAUAUCGGAGAGAUGUUUAAAAUGCAGCGUCAUUUCAUAUCCAUGUAAGAUUUUACAUUCCUAGUAAAUGUAGAUCCAUUUCAAAUCACUUCUGUAUUUAUUUUACUAUAAAUUUGUUUCUUUUUUUCUCUCCAGACUGAUAACCCUCGAAUAAACAUGAGUCAGUGCUCCAAAUGUUAUACAAUAAAAAUUAUUAAAUGUGGGAUAAAAGAAAAUAAUAUCAAUCUUUAUGUUAAAUUCACUAUGUGGUAAUUAUUGUAUGUAGUUUUUGUUUUUCUAAUAAUUUCCUAUGUCUUACUUUAAUCUGAUUUAUAUAUUUAAGUUAAAAAUGAAAUUAUGCAUGGAUUCUAUACAAUCUGUACAACUGUACAGUAGAAACAUUAAAAUAGUCCUAAGGAAGCUUUAUAAAUAUCAUUAAAAAAUUUUUUAGAUCAUUACUGUCCGAAUAAGGAUAUUUCAUGGGUCGUUUGAUUAAAGUUCACUUUCAGAAAAAGUU